UCAAAGGCUCAAGAAAGGAAUCGUAAAGGAUAGUCUUGAAAACUUAAUUAAUUAAUAAUAAACCUUAGAGGCGCAUAGAAUAGCCCCAACAUCUAAAGCUUCUAUUCCAAUACAAGCAUACCAACCUGCAAGACAAAGCAAAAGAGAUCGUACAAGGCUUGGGCCUCUGGAUUUUGCCUUCCCCACAUGGAAAAUAAUAAUAAUAAUGAAAAAAAAUUGAAAAAAAGCGAAAACGAAAAGAAGAAAGCAAAACGAAGACUGUUGAGUCGUUAAUUAGUUGUAUAAAAGUGAUUGAUUAGGUUGUUUGGGUUUAACCCAGACAACGGGGACAAAAAAAAAAGAGAGAAAAGAAAAGGGGGCUUUUUUAGAAGGACCCAAAAGCGGUUUUCGUAGACUUCACUCUCAAACUUGAGUUCGGCGCCCGUAUAAAAUGAGGAAGUUCUCGGCCUGUUGUUUCACAGCCCAAUUCUCCAAGAUCCGACAUUCAAAGCCAAAACAUUCCCUGACAUCCGGAGAAAGUGAAGAAACCAUGGAGAAGCUACCGAAACACGAUGGUGCUGACAAAUCACAGAAUGUUGAGCAAAACAUGAUCAGUUCCUUUAGCAGCCGUGCUACAAAUAUCAUAGAGAACCAUGACUUCUCUCAAGGGCUGCAUUCUUGGCACGCCAACUGCUGCAGUGCCUUUGUCGUUCCUUGUGAUGCAAGUCAUUAUAAAGAAGCAGCAUCGAAACAAGCCGGAGGCUAUGCUGUUGUCACAAAUCGUAAGGAAUGCUGGCAAGGAUUGGAGCAAGAUAUCACUCACAGAGUUUCCCCCGGUUCCAUGUAUUCGGUUUCUUCUUGCGUUGGAGUCUCGGGGCCGCUUCAGGGAUCUGCUGAUAUCCUGGCCACUCUAAAACUGGAAUACCGAGAUUCGGCAACUAGCUAUCUUUUUGUUGGAAGAACUUCUACAUCAAAAGAGACUUGGGAAAACUUGGAAGGAACAUUCUCAUUGUCAACAAUGCCUCAACGGGCAAUAUUUUAUUUGGAAGGGCCUUCAUCAGGAGUUGACCUACUCAUAAAAUCAGUUGUGAUAACAUGUACUAGUCCGAAAGGAGCCGAGGGUGAGAGUGCAGCAUGUAUUACUGCUGGAGACGACAAUAUCAUCCAGAAUCCUAGAUUUGAGGAUGGCUUGAACAAUUGGUCUGGGAGAGGCUGCAAGAUUGCCCUACACGACUCUAUGGGAGACGGGAAAAUUGUCCCACAAUCUGGAAAGUUUUUUGCUUCUGCUACAGAGCGCACGCAGAACUGGAAUGGAAUUCAGCGGGAGAUCACUGGAAGAGUGCAGCGAAAACUUGCUUAUGAGGUCAUUGCUGUUGUUCGCAUAUUCAGUAACAAUGUCACUACUUCGGAUGUGCGUGCUACUCUAUGGGUCCAGACACCAAAUCAACGUGAACAGUACAUUGGCAUUGCCAAUGUGCAGGCAACAGACAAGGAUUGGACACAGCUGCAAGGAAAGUUCCUUCUAAAUGGUUCCCCAUCUAGAGUUGUCGUUUAUCUCGAAGGCCCUCCAUCAGGAAGUGAUAUUCUGAUCAACAGUUUGAUUGUUAAGCACGCAGAGAAAAUCCCUCCUUCACCUGCACCAGUAAUUGAGAAUCCUGCCUUUGGAGUUAAUAUAAUUGAGAACAGCAAUCUAAGUAACGGCACCAAUGGGUGGUUUGUCCUUGGUAAUUGCACAUUGAGUGUUGGGACUGGUUCACCACAUAUACUUCCUCCCGUGGCUAGAGACUCCCUUGGGCCUCAUGAGCCUCUAAGCGGGCGUUUCACCCUCGUGAAAAACCGCACUCAAACCUGGAUGGGUCCUGCCCAGAUGAUCACUGACAAAAUCAAACUCUUCUUGACAUACCAAGUGUCUGCUUGGGUUCGGAUUGGUUCUGGUGCAACUGGUCCGCAAAACGUGAAUGUUGCACUUAGUGUGGACAAUCAAUGGGUCAAUGGUGGACAAGUCGAGAUCAGCGAUGAUAGAUGGCAUGAAAUUGGUGGGUCCUUUAGAAUUGAGAAGCAGCCGUCAAAGGUCAUGGUUUAUGUCCAAGGUCCUGCUGCUGGUGUUGACUUAAUGCUCGCUGGACUUCAAAUUUUCCCCGUUGACAGAGAAGCAAGAUUUAGGUAUUUGAAGAGGCAAACUGAUAAGAUUCGUAAGCGCGAUGUCACCCUCAAAUUCUCCGGGGCGGACUCGAGCAAUUUGCAUGGCGCAUUCGUGAAGGUCAAACAAGCGAAAAACAGUUUCCCUUUCGGAACAUGCAUAAGUAGGACAAACAUCGACAAUGAGGACUUUGUUGACUUCUUUUCGAAGAACUUCAAUUGGGCUGUGUUUGGAAACGAACUGAAGUGGUACUGGACAGAGCCGCAACAAGGGAACCUCAACUACAGGGACGCCGACGAGAUGUUGGACUUGUGUCAAAAACACAACAUAGAAACCAGAGGCCACUGCAUCUUCUGGGAAGUGGAAGACACAGUCCAGCAAUGGAUUCGUUCUUUGAACAAAAACGACUUAGCAACAGCGGUUCAAAACCGCCUCACAAGUCUUCUCAAACGCUACACGGGAAAGUUCAAACACUAUGAUGUCAACAAUGAGAUGCUUCAUGGCUCAUUUUAUCAAGACAGAUUGGGAAAAGACAUCAGAGCCAACAUGUUCAAACUUGCAAACCAACUAGACUCCUCUCCUCUCUUAUUCGUGAACGACUAUCACGUCGAAGAUGGCUGCGACACUCGAUCAUGUCCGGAGAAGUACAUUCAGCAGAUUCUUGAUCUGCAAGAGCAAGGUGCGCCUGUGGGAGGGAUAGGAGUUCAAGGACACAUAGAUAAUCCAGUUGGGCCAAUUGUGUGUUCUGCUCUUGACAAGCUUGGAAUCCUUGGACUUCCAAUAUGGUUUACUGAGCUUGACGUGUCUUCCAUUAAUGAACAUGUUAGAGCUGAUGAUCUCGAGGUCAUGCUUCGCGAGGCUUUCGCUCACCCCGCGGUGGAUGGCGUGAUGUUGUGGGGAUUCUGGGAAUUGUUCAUGAGUAGGGAAAAUUCUCACUUGGUGGAUGCUGAAGGUGAGGUGAAUGAAGCAGGGAAAAGGUACCUUGAGCUCAAGAAAGAGUGGCUUUCUCAUGCUCGUGGGCAUGUUAGUGAGGAUGGUGAGUUCAAUUUUAGGGGCUUCUACGGGACUUAUGCUGUGGAAAUUGUUACUCCCACUCACACCAAGAAGGUUGUGAAGACGUUUGUUGUUGACAAGGGUGACUCGCCUCUGGUUGUGUCCAUUGAUUUAUAAAGUCUCUGCUGCUCAAUAUAGUAAAGAAAAAUACGUCCUAACCCCCUUAAUACCACUAGUGCCUUAUAAACAUUAUUCUUCUAUGAUAAAAGGUGAAAUUAUUGUUUUAUGGCUUGCAUUAGUGAAAAAU